UCUCUUGCUCUUAAUUUCCAACUAAUCCAGUAUUAGAAGGAGAACAACAACAACAACAACAACAACAACAACAAACACUCUUUUGUAGCAACCAUCACAUGGAUCCGAAGAACACCGCCACCACAGGAGGAGCAGCUCCUACACCGUCGCCGCCACCGCCCGCGACAAGCGGUGGCGGUGGCGGUGAGACGACGGUGCCGUCGGCGAUGUGGGGGACGCGGCAGAUGGGGCAGCCGGCGGCGCCGACGGCGCACCCGGGGAACCAGGAGGCGGCGGCGGGGCAGUGGCGGCCGCGGGCGGCGGACGAGGAGGCGCCGCCCUACGUGCUGGAGCGGCAGCCGGUGGCGCACAAGCCCAACGCCAGCCCCAUGGAGCACAUCCUCGACUUCUUCAACUCCUGGACCACCAAGGCCGAGGAGCUCGCCUCCAGCAUCUGGCUCAACUUGAAAACUGCGCCAUCCAAAUCGGAGGCGGCGCUCGGGAAGCUGAGCCUGACGGCGAAGGCCCUGACGGAGGGCGGGUUCGAGUCGCUGUACAAGCAGACGUUCCCGGCCGACCCGUCGGAGCGGCUGAAGAAGACAUUCGCCUGCUACCUCUCGACGACGACUGGCCCGGUCGCGGGCACCCUCUACCUCUCCACUCACAACCUCGCAUUUUGCAGCGAUCGCCCUCUCUCCUUCACCGCCCCCUCCGGCCAGCUUGCCUGGAGCUACUACAAGGUUCUGAUCCCGCUGUCGAAGAUCGCGAAGGUGAAUCCGGUGACGCUGAAGGAGAACCCGCCAGAGAGGUACGUGCAGGUGGUGACGGUGGACGGCCACGAGUUCUGGUUCAUGGGGUUCAUCAGCUACGAGAAGGCCGUGAAGCACCUGCUCGACGCCGCCUCAGGCUCUGCGGCCGCGGCGGCACAGAGGAGUUCUCCUCAGCCUGCAGUUCACUAAUGCCUACAAGUGCAGUUCUAUAUAUAGAUGCAGUUGUGUAGAUGUGUGAGAUUUGGACUGUUAUAUAUACUGUUUACUAUUGUAUAGUGUUUCUUAGCUUGGCUUUGUUAUACACUAAUGUGGUGUGUGUUUUUGUUGUGAAUUUUGGACCUUUGGUGUUAGUUAUAAUUUUCAUUGAGUUAGCUCUUAUAGUUUACAUGGUCUACUUGUAAUUGGGAUUUACGUAAUUUGAUUAUUUUGAUUA